AUGCCGGUAGUCGUAAACUGGUAUAACGGAACAGCGUUCCUCGAACCCAAACAUUCCAAGCUUAUUGGUCAUUCGGCCGCUUGUUCCUCCCGAAAAGAAGAUAGGCGCCUCUGAAAAAACGAGCCUUUGACCCAUUCUUUCGGAUCGGUUACUCCUCUUUCGAAGGACCGCCCUCUUAUUUGGCGCGCAGAGAAUAUCCCCGACCGCUGAAAUUUUUCAUCGACCGUUCUUCGGCAGCUUAACAAAACGAGUCCCGUAUCUCAAAAAUUGACUCUGAAUUCUUUUUCUUCAUUUUUCUUCUCACCCCGAACCUAUCAUUCUGAAUUCUCGCUAUGCGCUCAGACCUCAUAGCCUUUUUUGGCUUGUUGGUUGUCUGCAGCAGCGCCUUGAAGCUCAGCGGCCAGGAUGACAUCGUUGUGAAGCUCUCCAAGGAUCAGGUUCGUUCCCUUCAUUCUACUUGUCAUUUCCGAGUUGAACUUCUUCGAUUUUCAUUCUUUUCUUUUUGUUCUAAAUGAAUCAAAAAAAUAUAUUUUAGAGUUCUCUUACAGUGAACGAGAGAGAAAAGUUUUAGAUUUUGUUGUUUUGUUUUGUUAUUCAAUUUUUGGUUUUACCGAUAAAACUCUUCCGCAAUUUUCUUCUGAAAGAUCUUAUUUUGAAAAAGUUUUCUUCACGAAAUGUUUGAUAAAUUUCAGAUUGUUGGUCACGAAGGAAAAGAAAGCUCGCGGAGAGCCGGGGAAUGGCUUGAGGCGCCGUGGGGCGACGUCUACCAGUUCCGUGCAGGCCAUCAGAAUUGGCUGGUCGCUCGGGAACACUGUCUCUCGAUGAACGCCGACCUCCUCGUCAUCAAGAACGAAACUCAGCUCGUAUGUUUCAACAGUUUUUUUCUCGUCUUUUUUUCAAUUAUUAAUGCCAGUUUUAUAUCGGAAUUGGCAAAUUUUUUUGAUUUUUGAAAUGUUUUUCCACUGAAUUUAAUAUUCUCUGCAUUAUAAAAAGGUACCUAAUUCCGCAAAUCUGACUGAAUCAAAACCAACGAGAGUAUACUAAUUAAUAGUUAUCGUUCGCUUCUCUGAAUAAUCUAUUAUGGCUUCAUUUAGCAUUGCAAAAAAUCAAGAAAAUAAAAUUUUUCUAAUCAAAAUAUAAUUUUCUCUUCGAAAAUUCUGAGAAUUUUAGGAUUGGAUUCUGUCGCAUUACGCUCCUUUGUCAACUCGCUUCUCUCCACGACUUAUCCAGGUUUUUUCGUGAAGAAAAACCUUAUUCUAUUGUUUUCAGGUCGGUCUACUCUUGCCUGAAGGACAUAACCGUGAUUGGCAAUGGGUUGAUGGAUCAAAAGUCGAGGAGGAACUGUAAGCUGGUGGAAAUCGAAAAAGAUUUAUCUUUUAUUUGAAGGAGCUGGGCUGCCGGAGAGCCUUUCGACCAUUCAAACAACGGAAGAGAGAGAUGUGGUCUUCUGAAUAUAGAAGCACGUCGUCUGGAUGAUGUCGAUUGCGAAGCCAGCGAUGAUUCUGCUGCUCAGAGAUACAUUUGUCAAAGGAACAGCGAUGCUCACAAAACGGUAAAUAUAGAAAAACAGAAAGAAACAAUUAUUUUAUGAGUUCAGCAACAAAAGUCCAACAACUACAUAUGGGGCAAGAUUGAACAACUCUUCAAUUUUUUCGGCAUCGGAACCGCACCAACCACUACAACGCAACAGAACAAGACAGAUAAAGAUUACAUAGACGAGGUACAAAAUUCGUUCAGCUCUUACAUGAAAAGGAGCUUGAAGGUGGAAGAAAACGACAGAAACACGACAUUCGUGACUACAACCAUCGCGUCGAACACAAACAAGUGGUCGGAUGAUGCCGAACAGGCCGAGGUGGAAGCCAUUCUGAGCAAGCUCCCUAAGCCCCUUGCGGAGAUCGAGAGGAAAAAAGAAGUUGAGAGCAAAAAGGUCGUUCCUGAGGGGUCGGGAGCGUCGGCGGAAGUGAAAGAAACAACUCGUGUACCAGCUCGAGCUCAUGCCACUCGUCUCAAAGAAAUCUCCGACGCUGAAGGCAGCGGUGCUCAAGUCGAUAAAAGCAACGUUGAGGUAGACUACCUCUAAAUCUAACAUCUGGAAGCUGAUAUUUUCAGGAAGUGAAGGAGUUCAUUCAAGUAGAUGACCCUAAAAAGCUCGAUAAAAUGAUCAAAAACAUGGAGGACAUGAUCACUUCUUUGGACUUGCUGACUGUCACGGAAAACAAGUCAGACCAAGCCAACAUCUCGAGGACCACUGUGGGCGCCAAAAAACCCUCCACAGAAGCGAUCACGCCUACUCAUGCUCCAGAAGCGGCGACAACAGAGUCACAAAAACUUGAAGCUUCGAUUCAAGCUCGAGAAGUUAGUGAGAAACAUCAAUACAUAAAAAUUUAAUUACUGCAGGAGCUCGAUAACACCGUUGUAGCUGGUGUUUUGGAAGACGACUUCGACGAGGAAAAAACCAAAGAUAUGGUUGAUCAUUCUCUGUUACUAUUUUGAUUCGAUUGUUAAGCCGAAAGCCGAAAUCACGCCACCCCAUGAAAAACUGGAAGACUGUGAUAAUUCUACUGCCACGGAGGGAAGCGGCUCAGAAAGUAUAAAACUGGCCGGAAGUGAAGAAGAGUCUUUGGAGGACGAAGAAGCUCUUCAAAAGCUGGAAAUUACGACUGAACGAGAGGAGCAUGUUAAGGAGUUCCUGGGAGUUCUUCGGCGAUUCCUCGAAAGAGCAGAAAGAGGAGAUCUGAAGUUAGCGGAUUUAUUCAAUUUCCCUUAAAUAUUAAUAACAGAAAGCUGCUCGAUGACAAGUCUGGAAAAACCUUGCUGCAGCGAAUGCGCGACGCUAUACGAGAAGCCAACCGUCGCGAGUUCCAGAUGAUGGAGCACAUAGAAGAACUGAAAAGUAAAGGCGAAAAAACCGAAGAGGUUUCGUUCAUAUUAUUACAUAUAUUAUUUGAAUGGAUUUUUUAGAUUGAAAAUCGCCGGAUGCCAGCUUUAGAGCAAGAAGAACUUUACAAGAAAAUCAGCUCGGUAGUGUAUCAUGCGGCCGAGAAAGAAGCGGACAAGAAAGGAGCCUUGAUUUCGCGUGUGAGUUCCCGCGAGCAGUUGCAAGGACCCAAAAAGAGGUCGCGCUCUUCAGCGGCUGAGGGAUCAGGCGACGAGCUGCAGAACGAGCUCAAAGACUACUAUGGAGACUACCUGGACAACAACGAGAUCACAGAACACGAGGAGAAGCUGCCAAAGAAGUCCCAGCGUACAACGAAACUAAUCAAGAAAACAUUGCCCACUACGACGAGCGCCUCUGUCACAUCUCCGUCUACUUCUGAAGUCCCCACAAGCACUGAAUCUUCUCCAAAUCUUAGCAAUGCAGAAGCCGAGAAAAAGGCUUUGGAAAAAAUCCCAAAUGAGGCUUCCGAGUCUUCAGAAGACAAGACAGAAGAAUCUGAAACAAGCAAACUAAACGUUGAUGACGUCACAAAACCAUCAGAUCGGACUACUAUUGAGGCUUCUGAAGCUACGACGGAAGCGGUUGAAACGACUGCUGAUGUCGGAUCUGAAGAACCGAAUGUAGGAAAAAAUGAAACUACCACAACAUCUACGAUCGGAGCUUUGAACUCUACGACCACGGCGGAUGAAACAACUACAUCUUCUUUAGCCGGCUUAGAAGAUACUAGUAAGCCUUCCGAAAAAAUUGAAGAAAAGUCGCUGAAAAAAGAAAAACAACCGCUCGAAGAAAAGGCAGAAAAAAAGACGAAAGUUUCACAUCCAGAGCUUGAAGGUCUAGACGACGAGGAAGUUAAGACGAAGGCGAUUUCAACUACAGAGCCAAGUACAACGGCGAAAACUGGGGAGAAGAGCGAGUUUGAGAAAAGGAUAGACACAACAGAAAUUCUGAGAGCCAUCAAAGACAAAGAGCAGAGUUUAGUCUCAAAGGUUCCUGAGGUCCCUACAAUCGCUCCGUUCUCUCUUCCACCACUUCCAACGCUUCCAACCUUGGCUCCAUUUAAACCGCCUACAGGAACUCCGUUUCCACCACUCCCCACGCUCGAAGAUCUUCUCACAAACCUGAACUCUGAAUUCAAAAAACUUUUGGCCCCGCCAAAACCGCUCGGAUAA